AGCAACGUCACUGCGGUAACUUGUCCUUAUGAGAACUGGCAUCGGAAAAAUUCCGGUCCUAAGUUAACCUAAACGAAACGAAACUGGGCGUUGGUUGUUGCAGACUAAUUUCUGCUAAUCAACGAAAGUCAUUAUGGAUAUUCAGCCAAGAGAAAUUAGAGUUUUAGAUACUGUCGAAGAUAUUCAAGAACGUAGGGAGCAGGUUCUUGGACGUUAUGCCGAAUUCAAGAUCGAAGCUCGUCAUAAGCGAGAACGACUGGAAGCAUCCCGAAGAUUUCAACAUUUCAAACGAGAUGCUGAUGAGCUAGAAUCUUGGAUAAAUGAAAAGUUGCAGGCAGCAUCUGAUGAAAGUUAUAAAGACCCAACGAAUUUACAGGCGAAGAUACAGAAACAUCAGGCUUUUGAAUCUGAAGUAGCUGCACAUAGUAAUGCUAUUGUGGCUCUAGAUAAUACUGGUUCAGAAUUGAUAAAUCAGAAUCAUUUUGCUUCAGAUAUUAUAAAGCAUCGACUAGAAGAGUUGCAUCGAUUGUGGGAGUUACUUCUAUCACGCCUUGCUGAUAAAGGACUGAAAUUACAGCAGGCUUUAGUUCUAGUGCAGUUUUUGCGGCAGUGUGAUGAAGUGCUUUUCUGGAUAAAUGAUAAAGAAGCAUUUGUCACCACAGAUGAGUUUGGUCAAGAUCUGGAACAUGUUGAAGUUCUUCAACGAAAAUUUGAUGAAUUUCAAAAGGAUAUGGCCAGUCAAGAAUUUAGAGUGCAAGAAGUAAAUGAACAAGCAGACAAACUUAUUAAUGAAGGUCACCCUGAGCAUGAAACAAUAAAUAAACGAAAAGAGGAAGUAAAUGACAGUUGGCAGCGAUUAAAAGGAUUGACUUUAUUGAAGCAAGAAAAGCUCUUUGGUGCACAUGAAAUACAGCGAUUUAAUAGAGAUGCUGAUGAAACUAUUGCAUGGAUUACUGAGAAGGACUUAGUUCUAUCCUCUGACGAUUAUGGUAGAGAUUUAGUCAGUGUACAGACCUUGCAAAGAAAACAUGAGGGUAUUGAACGUGAUUUGGCAGCUUUAGAAGAUAAGGUUAUGACAUUGGCUCAAGAAGCUGAUAGACUGUGUAAUAUUCAUCAAGAUCAUUCAAGUCAGAUUCAGUCAAAAAAUGCUGAAAUAUCCUCAAACUGGGAAAGCUUAAAAUCAAAGGCUCAAGAAAGACGCAGGCGAUUGGAUGAGUCUUAUUUGCUGCACAAGUUUUUGGCUGAUUUUAGAGAUUUAGUUUCCUGGAUCCAUGAUAUGAAAGCAAUAAUUUCUGCUGAUGAGCUUGCUAAAGAUGUUGCUGGAGCUGAGGCACUUCUAGAGCGUCACCAAGAACAUAAGGGUGAAAUAGAUGCGAGAGAGGAUAGUUUCAGAGCUACUGCAGAAGCAGGAAAAAUGUUGUUAGAUCAAGACCACUAUGCAAUUGAUGAAGUCAAAGAGAAGUUAGUUACUCUAGCGAGUGAGAAACAGUCCUUGUUAUCCUUAUGGGAGGAACGACGUAUACUGUAUGAACAGUGCAUGGAUUUGCAGCUAUUUUACAGAGAUACAGAGCAAGCUGAUACUUGGAUGGCCAAGCAAGAAGCAUUUUUAGUCAAUGAAGAUCUUGGUGACUCUCUUGACUCUGUGGAAGCUCUAAUUAAAAAACAUGAAGAUUUUGAGAAAUCGCUAGCAGCACAGGAAGAAAAAAUAAAGGCUCUAGAUGAAUUUGCAACCAAGCUGAUUGAAGGGCAACACUAUGCAGCUGAUGAUGUAGCACAGAGAAGAGCUGCUUUGCUAGAACGAAGAUCAGCUUUAAUGGAAAAAUCUGACAUCAGAAGGUCUAUGUUGGAAGACUCUUAUCGCCUGCAACAAUUUGAAAGGGACUGUGAUGAAACAAAAGGAUGGAUUAGUGAAAAAUUAAAGACAGCUACGGAUGAAAGUUAUUUGGAUCCCACUAAUGUGAAUGGAAAGGUCCAAAAACAUCAAAAUUUUGAACAAGAACUGAAUGCAAAUAAAAGCCGUAUUGAUGAGAUUGCUAGCACAGGGCAAGAAUUAAUGGAAGCAAAUCAUUAUGCAUCCUCUAGAAUAAGUGAGCGAAUGAUGGAGAUACUGGAUAUGUGGAAAUCUUUGGUUGAAGCUACUGAGAGGAAAGGUGCAAAACUAAAUGAAGCAGCAGCACAGCAGCAGUUCAAUCGUGGAAUUGAAGAUAUUGAAAUUUGGCUGUCUGAAGUGGAAGGGCAACUUUUAUCAGAAGACUAUGGAAAGGAUUUAACAAGUGUGCAGAAUUUAAUAAAGAAGCAUGCUUUGUUGGAAGCAGAUAUUGCAUCACAUCAGGAUCGAAUUGAUGGUGUAGUAAUUCAAGCUACAAAUUUUGUUGAACGAGGUCAUUUUGAUGCACCAUCUAUUCAGUCCAAACAAGUUGCUUUGGUCGAACGAUACAAUGCUUUACAGAAGCCAAUAUCACUAAGACGUCAGCGUUUACAAGAUUCUCUUAGAGUUCAACAACUGUACAGAGAUAUCGAAGAUGAAGAAGCUUGGAUUCGAGAAAAAGAACCUAUUGCUGCUUCUACAAAUAGAGGACGGGAUCUUAUUGGUGUCCAGAACCUUAUUAAAAAGCACCAAGCCAUGCUUGCAGAGAUAAAUAAUCAUGAAAAUAGAGUUCGUUCAGUGUGCCAGUCAGGUGAAGAAAUGGUGCAAGAAGGCCAUUUUGCUUCAAAUGAGAUACAGAAACGAUUAAGUAAUUUGAGUGAAAAGUGGCAAGCUCUUAAGGAUAAAGCUUUACAGCGAAAACAAGAUCUCGAAGAUUCUUUGCAAGCUCACCAGUAUUUUGCUGAUGCCAAUGAAGCUGAAUCUUGGAUGAAAGAAAAAGAGCCAAUAGUUGGAAGUCAAGAUUUUGGAAAAGAUGAAGAUUCUACCGAGUCUUUACUGAAGAAACAUGAAGCUCUAAUGGCUGAUCUAGAAGCUUUUGGAAACACUAUAUUUGCCCUCAAAGAGCAAGCACAGUCAUGUAGGCAACAAGAACGUCCAGUUAUUGAUCAUGCUGGUAAAGAAUUUGUCAUGGCCUUAUAUGAUUAUGUAGAAAAAAGUCCAAGAGAAGUUUCCAUGAAGAAAUCAGAUGUUUUGACUCUUCUAAAUAGCAAUAAUAAGGAUUGGUGGAAAGUUGAGGUCAAUGACAGACAGGGUUUUGUGCCAGCAGCUUAUGUGAAGAAAAUUGAAGCUGGGAUUUCAUCUGGUCAGCAGAAUUUGGCUGAUGCAAAUAAUAUCUCUGCUCGACAGGCUCAAAUUGAGACCCAGUAUGAGAAUCUGAUGGGUCUUGGUCAAGAACGUAGGAACAAAUUGGAAGAAUCAUGUAAAGCAUAUCAACUGGUCAGAGAAGCUGCUGAACUUGCUCAGUGGCUGAAAGAUAAGGAACAAAUUGCACAAGUUCAAGAUGUUGGUGAAGAUUUAGAACAAGUUGAAGUGAUGCAAAAGAAUUUUGAUGAUUUUAAAGCAGAGCUGCAUACAAACGAAACACGUUUACAGCAAAUGAAUGAGACUGCCCGCCGGCUCAUGAGCUCAGGUCAUACUGAAGCUGCCCUGAAAAUACAGACUCAAAUUGAAGAUGUCAAUCAAAAAUGGCAAGAAGUACAGCAGAUUGCUGCUCAAAGAGCUACACAGCUGGGAUCAGCACAUGAAGUUCAGAGAUUCCAACGAGAUGUUGAUGAAACUAAAGACUGGAUUCGUGAAAAAGAUGAGAAUUUGAACUCUGAUAUCUGUGGUGAUGAUUUGCGCAGUGUCCAAACUCUGCAGAGAAAACAUGAGGGAUUAGAGAGAGAUCUAGCUGCACUUGGUGAUAGGAUCCGAAGCUUAGAUGAUACUGCUAGUCGUCUAAUGCAGACACAUCCAGAGGCAGCAGAUACUAUAUAUACAAAGCAAAAAGAAAUCAAUGAAGAAUGGACUCAGUUGACUGCCAAGGCUAAUGCACGUAAAGAAAAACUUUUAGACUCGUAUGACUUGCAGAGAUUCUUGGCUGACUAUAGGGAUCUGAUGUCGUGGAUUCAGAGUAUGAUGAGCCUUGUGUUUUCUGAGGAAUUAGCAAAUGAUGUCACUGGCGCCGAAGCCUUGUUAGAGAGACACCAGAACUACCGUUCUGAGAUUGAUGCUCACUAUGGUAUCCCACAGGAACAUCGUACAGAAAUAGAUGCAAGAGCUGGGACCUUCCAAGCUUUUGAAAUGUUUGGCCAGCAAUUACUACAGAGUGGUCAUUAUGCUAGUGUUGAAGUCCAAGAAAAACUUGAGAAAAUGAACGAUGCCAGACAAGAAUUGGAGAGGGCUUGGAUUGCUAGAAGAAUGAAGCUGGAUCAGUGCUUAGAGUUGCAGCUGUUCUAUAGAGAUUGUGAACAAGCUGAGAAUUGGAUGGGUAGUCGUGAAGCUUUCCUUAGUUCAGAUGACAUGGGUGGUGAUAAUGUUGAAUCUCUCAUUAAGAAGCAUGAGGAUUUUGAUAAAGCUAUCAGUGCACAGGAAGAAAAAAUUUCUGCUCUUGCUGCUUUAGCCGAUCAGUUAGUUGCUGCUGAUCACUACGCAUCUGAUGCGAUUAAUGAAAAGAAAGAUCAGGUUCUUGAGAGGUGGCAUCAUUUGAAAGAUAAUCUUAUUAAGAAGCGAUCCAAGUUAGGAGAGUCUAUGACAUUGCAACAGUUCAGUCGAGAUGCUGAUGAAAUCGAAAACUGGAUUACGGAGAAACUGCAAAUGGCUAUGGACGAAUCCUAUAAAGAUCCUACUAAUAUUCAAAGUAAACACCAAAAACAUCAAGCUUUUGAAGCAGAACUGGCAGCAAAUGCUGAUAGGAUACAGUCUGUAUUGGCUAAUGGCCAGAAUCUAAUUGAUCAGCACCAGUGUGCUGGUUCUGAAGAGGCUGUUCAGGCUCGUCUGAGCUGUUUGGCUGAGCAGUGGGAACAUCUCACAAAGAAAACAAUAGAAAAAAGUAUAAAGAUCAAGGAAGCCAAUAAGCAGAGAACAUUUAAUGCUGCUGUGAAAGACAUUGAUUUCUGGUUGAGUGAGGUUGAGUCUUUAUUGAAAUCUGAAGAAUCUGGAAAAGAUUUAGCGUCAGUUCAGAAUUUAAUCAAAAAGCAUCAGCUAGUUGAAGCAGAUGUUAAUGCACAUGAGGAUAGAAUUCGUGACAUGAAUAGUCUUGCUGACAGCUUGAUAGAAUCUGGACAGUGUGAUGCUGCUGUGAUUGAAGAAAAGCGCAGUUCAAUAAAUGAACGCUACAACAGAGUAAAAACUCUUGCUGGCCACCGAAGAGCUAGACUGAAUGAAGCGAACACAUUACACCAAUUUUUCAGAGAUAUUGCCGAUGAAGAAUCAUGGAUUAA